CAUUUCGUUACUAUAGGCUUCUUAAGGUUUUUUCACUAAAGUUUCAUUUGUGUUCACAUUGGAAGACGCUACUAGUUGCAUUGAGAGGGAGACGGUUAACCUUGUUUCUAAGUAAACAGACAUUUUUCUCUGUUUUCAAAUACAGCUGAUUUCCAGUAAAGCGUGGAGGAGGGUCCAGAGAACUCGAGUUGUUUGCAAUUGUAGGAGGGUCAGGAAUUUACAACAGACAGACGUAAACUUUUUUUAUAGCCCAUAUUGCAUUUGCUGUCUCUCAGUGCGACUGCUCAGCGUUAUCAGACGUUUCUCUGUAGCUCAUCUCUUUAAACAACCAAACCCUGGCUGUGGCUUACAAGGCAGAAGCGGAAUGGCUAACUCUGUACUGUCUAAUGAUGUGGAAACGGAGCAGAUUCUGACCUGCUUAAACAUAAAGCUGUACCAUCCUGAUGGGAAUGACAAGAAAUUGUUUAGUUUACUGAAGUUAGGACGUGAAGAAAUAAAGUCAGAUGUAACGGUAGCCUUUGGUCGUGACCCUACCACAUGCAGGUACUUGUUGGCUUCUAAAAAAGUUUCACGGGUCCAGUUUGUCCUGCAAUUUUUUAAACCCUUGGGUUUGUCCACUACCUGUUUUGAAAUAAAAAACACCAGCAAGAAAACCAAACUUUAUGUGGACCAUCUGGAACUGGACUACUUAAAUAAGAUUGAUCUUCCUCCCAAGUGCAUGAUACGGUUUGGAGAAUUUCAGAUUCAAGUGGAGAAAGAAACAGGGGAAUCUGAUGAACAGUUUGAGAUCUCAUGUGAACUUUCACGUGUUCCCCUUGUUCAGGAUAUUUAUGAACGCAUUAUGACACCCAUACCAGAAAAUGGCGUAUUGAACUGUGACGCUCCUUCAACAUUAAGAUACUCCAUGGCAGUAGAAAUAGAUGAAAAUGAGCAAUGAUGUACAUGCUUGUACAGCCAGGUUAUUUGUAGAGAUUGCUAUGCUGACUAUACUGAUAAAAAUAACACUUGGGCUACAGAAGUAUUCAAAAUUUAUUUUAUUUUUUCAAAUGUUCCACAUGAUUGAAAGUAGUGAUGUAUCUCACAAAUUACCAGACCUUAAUGGAAGGUAUGAUUAUGUUAUGGAAAAAUGUUGUGUGUCACUGUGGUCUGAUGCUUGGAACCUAAAGAUAAGGUGGACAGACCACUUUUUAGAGGUAUCAAACACAGGUUUUUAAUAUGUUACAUAGUAAAACAAAGACUUCUGCAGAUUUUUUGAAUACUCAUGGUCAUGCACUCAGACAUGCAAAAAAGAAAAUAGAAAAGAAAAAAGGAGAUUCUACAGCUUCAUAUAUAAUAUAUAUAUAUAUAUAUAUACACACACACCAUUUAGAGUGUUUUUUUUUAUACAGCCAACCUGUUAAAAUUGUAUUAAAUUAGAUUUUAUGAUGAUGGCAGACACAUCCUCAAAACUGAAUAGAAUUGAUUCUUCUGUCUUUUAGGGCCCAAUUUAUCUAAAAACUCGCCAGCAUGAAGAGAAAUUGCAUUUAAAAAAACUUCUUUUGAGUAUUAUAUUUAAUGUAUGUGUCUCUCCACAUCUCUUAAACUAAAAUUUGCUUUUCUAAAAUUCUUUGAGGGACCUCACAGUAGUCACGAGACUUCUCAUAUAAUCUCUUCAGAUCAGAGAGCUUUUCUCAUAAAUUACUAAAUAAUCCCUAAAUUCUAACUGCAAACUUCUUUUCAAAAAAGGAUUAGAUAAGCUGUGAAUAAAUAUUGUGUAUAUGAUUAUAGGCUACAUGUAUAAUAUUCAACUAUAUUAACAUACACACGGAUCUUCUUGUAUAUCACUGUAUCCUUCAUACAUCUAAAAUGAUUACAUCUAGAGUCAUUAUUUCAUUAUUUUUUUGUAUUCUUGUAUAUUUGUUGGGUUGCUUGUGUGUAAUUUGUAUUUAAUAAAAAGUUGCACUUGUCAUA